UCGAUCGAGCUUGAGUCAAGUAUCGAACCCCCCCAAUGUAAAAGCCAGACCCGGUUCAAGAAACAUAUCCUAAUUCGGUUGUUUAUGACCUGGGAAUUUCUAUAUUCUGUGUUCUUCUUGUAGUUAACAUCAGGAGCUGGAGUUCCUGCUCCAUAUUGGGUUUUAAAACAUACAAGAACAGGGAAGAGCUCGAUGCAGAUCCAUGCAAACGCUUUGAUUUAGAAUGGGAGAGACGGUACAAAAUAAUCGUUGGAAAGUGCUCGAGGCCUAGUUUAUCUCCAUGAAUAUUCUCAGCUAAGGGUUGUCCAUGGAGAUUUGAAAGCAGCAAUAAUUUGUUGGACAAGGACAUGAAUCCCAAAAUCUCUGAUUAUGGGUUGGCAAGAAUAUCUUCUGGGGACAAGUAUCUUGGUUACCCAGUUCGGAUUUCCUUCUGCUCCUUCCCAAAAUCUGUCGCAAACCACUAGCCGAUCUCUACCGCCAUGAGCUCCUCCCGAGCCAAAAACUUCCGCCGCCGUGCCGGCGACGAUGAAGACGAUGACGGCGAAUCGCACGGAGCUGCUGCCACGGCCACGAAGAUCCCAUCAAAAUCCACCGCCGCAGUCGCCAGAGUUGCUCCGAAACCUAAGAAACCCCAAGCCCCGAAGCUUCUCAGCUUCGCUGACGAUGAAGGCAACGACGAAACCCAGCCUCGCUCUCGCUCCAAACCCUCUUCUCGCCCCAGCAAACCUUUGUCCUCCUCUUCUUCUCACAGAAUAUCUUCCCUCAAGGACCGCCAAGUGCCCGCCACUCCUUUGCCUUCGAAUGUCCUUCCUCAAGCUGGCACUUACACUAGAGAAGCCCUGCGGGAGCUUCAAAAGAACACGAGGACCCUCGCUUCAUCAAGCAGCUCUCGCUAUGCUGCGGCAUCGGAGUCCAAGCCCGACCCUAAACCCGAACCCGUCAUUGUUUGGAAGGGUCUCGUGAAACCCAAUGCUGUUGAACAAACAUUGAAGCAAGUGGAUGAAUUGAGCUCUGAUGAGGAAGAGGGUGAAAAGGGAAAGGUGUUGGAUGAGAAAAGGGAAGGUUUGUAUAGAGAUGAUGCAGAGAGACGGUUGGCUGCGAUUGGAAUCGCGAAGGGGCAGGAUUCGUCUGGGUCGUCGUUUCCCGAUCAGGCGAUGAUAAAUGCAAUAAGGGCAAAGAGAGAACGACUGCGGCAAUCAGGGGCAGCUGCACCGGACUAUAUUUCACUUGAUGGAGGGAGUAAUCACGGUGCGGCUGAGGGUUUGAGCGAUGAGGAGCCGGAGUUUCAGGGGCGGAUCGCCAUGUUCGGAGAGAAGAUUGAGGGUGGAAAGAAGGGUGUUUUUGAGAGUUUCGAUGAUAAGGCGGUGGAUGCGCCGUUGAGAAAAGGGACUGAGCUUGAGGAUGAUGAAGACGAGGAGGAAAAAAUAUGGGAAGAGGAGCAGUUUAGGAAGGGAUUAGGGAAGAGAUUGGAUGAUGGAACUACCAGGGGAGUAACCAGCACUAGUAACAUUAGUGCUGUUCCUGUAGUGCCUAAUGUGCAGCAGCCACAGAAGUAUGCAUAUACAGCCUCUGCAGCUGGUUAUGGUCCUGCACCAAGCAUUGGGGUAGCUGCUCCUCCUCCUCCAAGCAUAGGAGGGGCAAUGGUUGCUGGGCAGGGGUUGGAUGAUAUGUCGAUUCCACAGCAGGCUGAACUUGCUAUGAAGGCUUUGUCCGAUAAUGCAAGGAGGCUGAAGGAAUCACAUAGCAAAACCAUGUCAUCUUUGGCAAAGACUGAUGAGAAUUUGUCUUCCUCAUUGUUGAAUAUUACUACACUUGAGAAGUCCCUAUCUGCUUCUGGUGAGAAGUACAUCUUUAUGCAAAAGCUUCAUGAAUAUAUUUCUGUUAUAUGUAAGUUCUUGCAGGAUAAAGCUCCUUAUAUUGAGGAACUUGAGGAACAGAUGCAGAAAUUAAAUGAAGAACGUGCUGCGACUAUAUUGGAAAGAAGAUUGGCUGAUAAUGAUGAUGAAAUGGUGGAAAUAGAAGUAGCUGUUAAUGCAGCCAUGCUGGUAUUCAAAAAAGGUGAUAGCAGUGUGGCAACAAUAGCUGCUGCAACAAGCGCAGGCCAGGCUGCGGUCGCUGCAAUGAGAGAACAAAAUAAUGUGCCAGUAAAGUUGGAUGAGUUUGGUAGAGAUAUGAACUUGCAGAAACGAAUGGAUAUGACACGGAGGGCUGAGGCCCGUCAACGGAGGAAAGCUCGAUUUGAUUCCAAGAGAUCAUCAUCAAUGGAGUUGGACGCUCCUCAUCAGAAAAUAGAGGGAGAAUCUAGCACUGAUGAGAGUGAUAGUGAGAGUAGAGCAUACAAGUCAAAUAGAGAUUUAUUGCUUCAAACCGCUGAUCAAAUAUUUGAUGACACUGCCGAGGAAUAUGCCCAGCUCUUGGAGGUUAAACAGCGGUUUGAAAAAUGGAAAAGAGACUAUUCUUCGAGCUACCGUGAUGUCUACAUGUCACUUAGUGUUCCCAAUAUCUUCUCUCCAUAUGUUCGGCUGGAACUUUUGAAGUGGGACCCAUUACACGAGGAUUCUGAUUUCUUUGAGAUGAGAUGGCAUUCAUUGCUGUUUGAUUAUGGUCUGCCACAAGAUGGAAGCGAUUUUGCCCCUGAUGAUGCUGAUUCUAAUCUUGUUCCGGGAUUGGUAGAGAAGGUUGCACUUCCCAUUUUGCAUCAUGAAAUAGCCCAUUCCUGGGACCUGCUUAGUACGAGAGAGACGAAGCAUGCUGUGGCUGCCACAACUUUGGUCACAAAUUAUGUUCCAGCUUCCAGUGAGGGUCUGGCUGAAUUGUUAGUUGCAGUCCAUACUCACUUGGCAGAUGCUGUUGCAAAACUUACCGUGCCAACUUGGAGCCCUCUAGUAAUGAAGGCAGUGCCAGGUGCUGCACGGCUGGCAGCAUACCGCUUUGGCGUGUCUGUCCGUCUGUUAAGGAACAUAUGUCUGUGGAAAGAAAUCCUGGCAUUACCAGUUUUGGAGAAGCUUGCUCUUGAUGAGCUUUUAGGCGGGAAAAUCUUGCCUCAUGUUCGGAGCAUCAGAUCAGAUAUUCAUGACGCGGUGACAAGAACCGAACGGAUCAUUGCAUCUUUAUCUGGUCUUUGGGCUGGUCAGAGUGUGUCUGGUGAUCGCAGUCACGAGCUCCAGCCCCUGGUUAAUUAUGUGCUUUCACUGGGAAAGAAUCUGCACAAAAAGCACAUGUUUGGUGUGACUGAGGGGGAGACCAGUGGGCUUGCCCGAAGGAUAAAGAGGAUGCUGGUUGAGCUGAAUGAGUACGAUAAUGCUCGGGAAAUAGUCAGAACCUUCCAUCUCAAAGAGGCAUUGUGAGACAGCGUCUUGUGCCAGCUAAUUCUGAGCGGUGUGACACCUAGUUCAGAGACAUGAUGACAAAGCACAAUUACAGGGUAAUAUGCCAUCAAUAGACUCAUAAUUGUGCCCCAGAGAAUGAGAUGAUAUAACCAUGCAUAUGGACGAAAAGAACAGCCAUGAAUCUCAAGUGCUUUGAUCUCACUACUAAAGGUGGCACGUUAUGACUCCUGAGGAACUCUCUCUCUCUCUCUCUCUCUAUAUGUAUAUACCUACAUUUAAAUCCAGGCUCCAUUCCAAUCUUUCAUUUGCAUCAUAUGCCCUUUUGGCCCAAUGGACAUUUGCAGAGAAGGCAGGCCUUUUAGUCCUUUACGGUGGCAGUGUUGUAAAAUUUUGUUGGUGGCAACUGGUUUAUUCUCACGAAUUCAUAAGUUUCUUUCUUGUUAAGGUAGCUACUGAGACCCCAUCAUGCUCAUAUUUUUGGAGGACGAGAUAGUGUCCAUCACGUAUCCACUUCACCAUCUCGUUCCAAUUGUUGUUUUUUGGGCUUACAUCAAAUAACAUGCCUCGGAAGGCGGACCUGAUCGUUGAAGACAUUUUUGACUCUAUUUCAGGAGAAACGCCCACUGUAAAAGUCCGCAUUUUUGCUGUAAAUAGUUGUUUCCAAGUAACAUGAAUCGUUUGAAUCA